AUGUACACCCGCGCUAGGCUGCAGGGCUCCGGCUUCGGAGCCCCCGCCGCCUCCCGCCCGACCCAGGAGCCCCCUGCCUGGCGCGGGGAGCUGGGCCCACCGCAGGCUCCCACGGGGGUUUUGGAGGCGACUCCCGAGAGCCCUUCGCGGGAGAGCAGGGAGCGCGCGCGCCCGAGGUUCACAGGUGCAUAUACCUUGAUAGCACCAAAUGAAAAACGAAGAAAUGAGAUACAACAGAUGGCUGCAAAAGAGCUGGAGGAGCUGGAAAGGUGGAAGAAACAACAAAGGGUGAAGUCCAUUAACCUGCUGCCCAUGACGCUAGGGGGAAGCCAAUCAGAGGCUGAAGUCAGGCGGAGACAACAGCUUCAACUGAUACAAUCUAAAUACCAGAAGAAGCUAAAAAGAGAAGAAUGUCUAAGAAUCAAGAAGGAAGCUGAAGAAGCUGAAGUCCAAAAAAUGAGGGCAGCUCAGAGAGAGAAGAGCAACAAAUUAGAGGAGAAAAAAAGACUUCAAGAAAACCUCAGGAGAGAAACUUUCAGAGAGCAUCAGCAACACAAAACUGCUGAGUUCUUGAGAAGGUUUGAGGCCGACGUGCCACACGGAGGAGCCCGUCCAGCUGCUGGUCACAACCCACAGUCUUCAGCUUGGGCCAGAAGACAGGCUUAUAUGGAUACUCUAAAGGAAGAAGAAGAUCAAAAAUUGCAAAAGAUGAAGGAAGAACAGCACCAGAAGGGUGAAUUACUGGAAUUUAAACGACAGCAACAGGAGGAAGAAAGAACCAAAAGCCACCAAGCUGAACACAGGAGGAUACAUGAGAAAUAUUUGCUUAUGUCUGGCCUUUGUCAACUGACCUUGAAAAACCACACGAGAUGUUUUUCUUUCUUGUAG